AUGUUUCAUAAAAAUAAUCAAAGUGGUCUCUAUUCAAAUAGAAUGAUUUUACAUAAAAAAUAGCUUAAUUUGUCUACAGAAACAUUCAUUUGGAUGAACUUUGUCAAUAUUCUUACAGGAAUACUGUAAAAUACUAAUACACAUCUAAUUUUUGAACCUAAUGCAAUAUAUUUGGCAGGUAUUUUUAAUACUAAAUGACAUAGGCCAUGAUGAAGAUUAAUUGAGAGUAGCCCAAUUCAAAAUUGAAUACAUAGCCUUCUAAGAGUUUAAAAUGAUCUAUGUUAUGAAGGAUUAACGAUCUCUCAUCUCUUAUAAACCAUAUACUUCCAUAUUCUAUUCUAAAAAUUAUAAAGAGCUCUAUUCUAAAUAUAGAGGAACUUGUUUAUUUGUUAAAGACAAAUUAAUAAAAGAAUAGAAACAAUUAUAAGAAUAAACUGGAUAUCUUAAGGAUUUUGAAUUUGAAAAGUAUGAAUCUUUUGUUAUAGCUUGGAUACCUAAAAGAAAGGAAUAAAAAAUUACAUAAUUAUUUCAAACUUGGAUUGCUGAAUACAAUUAAUCUAAUAAUUUUACUCCAAAACAUGAAUUAAGAACAACAAUAAAUAGAGAAUAUUUUAAUGAUGCUGAUCCAUUUUAAUAAAUUGCUAUGAAUUAUAUUGAUUUUAUCCUUUUCUAUUCAGAGAAUGAUGUUGAAUAAUUCCAAUUACAAAAUAAAAUUUUAAUUAAAUUGGUUGAUGAUGGAUGGAAAAUUCAAUUCAAUAUCUAUUCAUCUAAUCUACUCUAUUGUCAAUAAGCUUAAUUAUAUAUAACUGAAUUUUUGAAUUAGUAAUCAUUAGAAAUAUUUAAUAUGGAAUUAUAUGAUUUGUGUGAAAAUUUUGACAAAUUCAUUUAUGAUUUGGAAGGAAUAUUGAAGAAAAAAAGUAAUUUACCUGUAAGAUUAUAUAAACUUGAUUCUAUUCUAUCCUUAGUUAAAGAGAUUGAUAGAAAAUUUGACACUUAAAUUUAAAAUUAUGUAUAAAACCUUGGAUUUAAGUAAUGCUUAUUUUAUUCUAAAUAACGAGAAAAUACUUAAGCAUUAAAAAUAAUUCAAGAUAUUAUUGAAUUAAGGUUUAAAUUUAAUUAAAUUAUGAAAAAGAAAUAAUUAGAGAUGUCAUAAUUAUCAUAAUCAUUCCAAACUUGCAAAUCUUCAUUAUUAUAUUCUAGUUAAUGUAAAUCUACAAUUAUACCUUAAUUACUAAAAGAUUAAGAAUAAAUUAUCCCUUAAUAAUUUCCUUUGGAAUGUAGAGGAUAAUUGAUUCUUCCAGAUAUCACAUCUAAAUAUCAAUAAUCAAAAAAUUAAAAUAGUUUUUCAAGCGAACAAAAGUCUAAGAUAUACAAAGAAAAUAUUAAAUAGAGUUAAAAAGGAGGAAUAAAUGAUUAUUAAUAUAAUUAAUCUGAGUAUUCAAAUGGGGAAACUUUUAAUUCUAUGGAAUCUUUAUAAAAGAAUAAUAAUAGUCAAGAUUAUAAUGAUAGUAGUGAUAUUAAUGAAUUACAAGAAUUUUGUAAUGAUAUCUAAUUAUAAUCAAAACUAAAUUAAAAAAAACAUAAUAUUUUUGAAGAAGAGAAGAUGUCUUAAUUAAUUUCAAUACAUCAUAUUUCUCAAUAAUUUGUUCGGUAAGUAUUAUAAUUAGGAUUUGAUUAAUAUUCAAUUAUAUAUAAAGUAAAAGACACAAUAAUAUUGAAUUUAAAAGAUUGGGAAUAAAGUUUAAGAAGUUAUUUAAAACACUAAGAAAUUUAUAUUAAUGAAUUAGAAUUGAUUGUCUGUGAUGAUUAAAUAACAAUAAAUACUAGAUUGAAUUAUAAAUAAGUAUCUUCUAUUUGCGAUUAAUUUUUUGCAGGUACAUCUUAUAUAGUUGUACGAUUAAAUGAAAAUUCUUAGGAUUUUAUAGAUAAAUUAUAGGAUAUGUAUGAUAUAGAAUCAAAGCAAACAUAAUUCUAAUAGAUUGGAUUAAUAAUGAAAAAGUAAUAUGAAUAAUUGCAGGUUGAUGAAAAGGGUAGGUACUUAGCAAUGGAAAUAUAUAAUUAUUUAUAUUUUGAAACAAAUAUCUAAUAAAGGAUUAAUCAAUUAAUCAAUUGCAAUUCUCAAGAAUUAGAUGAACCUAUACCUAUAUAAGAAUUGGGGAUUGGAAAUAAGAUUAUAAUUGUAUUGUCAUAAUAGUAAUUAAAUUACUUAGGAGAAAAUUAUCAGGAGCUAGAAUGCAAUAGAUUGAUUAAAUUUGGAAAAUACAUAUCAAAUACAUUUUAUUUUGUGGAGAUAUAGAGUAAUAAUCAAUAAUUAUAUAUGGAUGUUUUAGAAUAGCUUAGAAGGAUAGGUUAUGAGAUGGUGGAAGUUUAUAUUAAUAGAAAAAAGUAGAAAUACAAGAAUUAAUAGAUAAUUUAAUUAAAAUAAAAUAGUUGGAAAUUAUGCAUAUAUUCAAAUAUCAAGAAAUUUUAUACCAAAUUAAUAAAUGAUCUAUUAGAAAUCAAAUUUAAUGAGAAGGAGUAUCUCUAAAUAUUUUAAGGAGGCUUAAAAUUAUCUGAAUUAUAAAUUGACAUAGGGAAGUAUUAAAUAAAACAUGAAAAAGACAUAAGUAUAUUGGAUUAAAUAUUAUAGGGAGAUUAGAAUUGUAAUUAUUAUGAUUUAAUAAAUUUAGAUAAAUGUAUAUCUCCUUAGAUAGAUCAGUUUACUCCAGGAAAUUACUUGACUAUAAUUGUUAGAUGUGAACAAUAACAAACAGAAACUACAACUUGUCUUUACCCUGAAACUAGUCUUAUUAGGUAUUUUAUUUAAUAUUAUAUAAUUUAAGAGGUUAUUAUGAAGUACAAGAAAACUAUUCCAAAUUAUAACAAUAAAACUUUUGA